AGAAGCAAGUCCUCUCAACUAAGGGAACUCACCACCACCACGAUUUACCGGAAUUCUACGACGGACGACGGAGCGGAAAAUGGACUCCUGCCGUAUCAGUCAAUGGUAGCGAUUGUAAAUAUUUUGUACUUUCAACCUCGCUUCUUCCACGGAGUCGGAUCAGAGCCGUCGUUUCGUUCUGACCACUCUUCUUCCACCGAGAGACUCACCGGAGCGGUUAAUUUCCCGAUGAAAUUCCUUUUCGAGUUUGUUUCUUGCUGCGUGCCGGUGAACAUGUCACGCAUAGAGAAUCCGGAGGAGACGGAGGCGCCAGGCGUCAAGGAGGUGAGAUCUCUAGCUCCGAUUACCACCAGAAAACACCGGCGGAGAAAACGAAGCGCGUCGUUGCCUUCAGCGGCGAAACUAGCCGUCGAUUGGAAGCCAUCGCUGGGAGCGAUCUCGGAGGAUAAGGUAGUCCUGGUAGUGAUGGAGAGAGAGAAAAGCGAUGAACAGACGGCGGAAUCGGAACGAUCGGUGAAAAGAAAGAGCGGAUCUCGCGACGGAGAAAGCAGAGGCGUUCACGGCCGUAAUAACAGUAACGAUUUCAGCAUCAGGCGAAGUCCAGCAGCGAUUCCGGUCGUGAUUCCGGCGUUUUCUCCGACUCCGUUCUUGUUCUGAUGCAAAUUUACACUUCCACUUUCCGAUCACUCAAGGCUGUGUAGUAUAUUAUGUUAUAUGUAUAUAUAUAGUUUUGGUUGCUGUAAUUUGUAUAAUUAUUAAUAUUAUGAUCUGAAAACAGAAAGUUGAGAUUAUUGAGGAAGAAAACUUUGUCCAUGAAAUUUGUAGCUUGUUUGAGUGCUUUCUUUAAUGGGGACUCUCUGCAAAUUUAAAUGUAAUUUAAAUGUUCCCAUUUUUCUA